AUGAAGAUACAGUGCGACGUCUGCGAGAGAGCGGCGGCGGCGGUGCUGUGCUUCGCCGACGAAGCCGCCCUCUGCUGGAGCUGCGACGAGAAGGUGCACGCCGCCAACAAGGUCGCGGGGAAGCACCGCCGAGUUCUGCUGCUCCCGAGGGGCUCCUCCUCCCCUUCCCCGCAUCCUUCCUCGACCUCGGCUGACAACAUCCCCGCCUGCGAUGUCUGCAAGGAGAAAGCUGGGUUUUUCUUCUGCUUGGAGGACCGGGCGUUGCUGUGCCGGCAGUGCGACGCGACGACGCACGCAGCCAAGCCCUGUGGGUCGUCGCACCAGCGGUUCCUCAUCACCGGCGUGAGAGUCGACGAUGCCAUCGACAGCAGCAGCAGCAGUGGUGGUGGUAGAUGCAAAGCCAACGGCAGCGGCGGUAGCGGAAUCCAAAGUCCUUCAGGCUCUCUGGCGUCGACGCCGACAGCGGCUGUGGGUGAGAGGCUUCCGGGAGAUCCCAUGGGCCAUGAUGGGUGGUCUUGGACUGAGCUCUUGGAUGGUGUCGAGCUCGAACGCUGGUAUGGGAUACCAGACCCUGGCUCAUCCUCCAGUUGACCUGCAAAAACUGUAGACGAUCCAGAAUCAGAAUGAAGGGAAUAAGAGCGCUAUUAUAAUCAUAUGAACUCAUCUAAUCUUUCUACC